AUGCAUAAGUAUCAACCGCGACUGCAUGUUGUACGAUGUGCUGAAUUAAUUAAUUUGCCCUAUUCGACAUUUCGAACAUUUGUUUUUAAAGAAACAGAAUUUAUCGCUGUUACGGCUUAUCAAAACGAAAAGGUUACUCAGCUAAAAAUAGAUAACAAUCCAUUUGCAAAAGGAUUUCGAGAUGCCGGUGCUGGUAAACGUGAAAAAAAACGAUUGCUGAGCAAAAAUAAUGAGAAUUAUCUAAAAGCAAGCGAUGAAGGAGGGGGUGGAGUGGGAGGAGGAGGUGGAAUUGACUCACCCAUUCGAGCGGGGAGCUCUGUUGAUUCGGAUGUAACUGACGAUGAUGAACCUUCCCAAAAAAAGAUCAAGAAUAAUGACACCGUUAACCAACAACAACAGCAACAGCAUAAUAUUCGAAGUGGGGCAGGAGGUGGAGAUGGUGGAGGAGGAAUAACACCUACAGGGACAAUAUUAAGCAAGGAAAAUACUUUUAUUUACCAUCCGACUACAUUCCUACCAUUUUUCAAUGGUUAUUCAUUUCCUCCUCCUUUAUCCGAUUUUUAUUAUCCUUCGCCAACACCAUUCUCAAGAGAAUUGUUCCUUCAACACGCCACACAAUUUUCGCAGUUUUUUAAUCGCCCCAUACUACCAACAAUAACAAAUAACGCUACAAACGCAAAUCCUCUUCCUGCUGUUCCUAUAGUACCUCCACCAAAGAAAGGAGGAUUUGAUGUUUCUGAUCUCCUUGCUAAGCCGUGA